AUGUGGCGCUCUACAGUCAUGCUGACCUGGCUUUUGGCGUCAGAGACAGUACAUUCCCUACCUUGGUCGGUCGAGCCGACCAGUACCGUUGAGUUCAGGACCCAAUAUCCUCCCACGACGCAGGAGGCUAGAUUGCGAGUACCCGAGGCACGCGCAUUCUAUCCGACGAGUUUGGAACGUGAGGGUCGCUCCGCAGAGCAGCCUUUUCCUACUGACUUGAAAUUGGGCCAUCUAUUGGACCCGUUGCUGCAUCCUCAAGGUGGUUCUAAACCCGGUGUGCUGGAUUUGUUAUUAUCGGGCCUACAGCCGCCAACUCAUUCCGUUCCCACUAAGCGUCCGACUACGAAUCCCCCAGUUGUAACCUCAUCUUCACCCUCAGAGCCCUCAACCUCAGAGCCCUCAACCUCAGAGGAGACACUGCCACUAAUCACCAGCCCGCCGGUGGUGCCAACUGCCAGCUCAAGCUCGACUACAGCCAACGAAGAAUCGACCGGUCAGAAUACUGGCUCGGCUAGGCCAAAUUAUUCAUCUCCAGACGGUAACUUGUCUAGCUCUUUGGAACCAGCGAGUGAAACUUCGUCUUCUGUUGAAAGCCAGACGACAAGUUCCGCAACGUCAGUCCACCCAGCUCAGCAGAGUCAGUCAUCAAGUGAGCCAGUAUCAGCUGCCGCUACCAACAUGGCAAAUGGUCAAGACGUCUUUGUACCAGUGUCGACUGGUCCGAUUCCUGACACGAUUGGCUCGAGGAAUGAUCAUCCCGUACCUAAGAAUGGAAUCGUCAACACGGACACUCCUGUUGAGACGAACAAGUUCUAUUGUGGGCUCUUCUUGGGAACACAAACCAACGGUACUUUUACACACCCCUACAGCGUUGCUUGGGUGAAGGGAGGUGGAACGUCACAAAGCUAUGGCAUGGCGAUCUCCCAUGUCGAGAGUAACGUAGUCGCGCAUGGCCCGGUCAAUACAGCAAUUCCUGGUAGCCCCGUAUCAUAUUAUAUCAAUCCGAUCGGCAUCCAUUCCGUUAUUCUUUCAGCAAGUGAACUGGGGGCAUCUACCGUACUCACCACUGAAAAUCCGCUUCCCUUCUCGGCCAACGCGGUUCUACGACCUUCCGCUGGCUCAUCUCAGAGCAUCACCAUUCCUGUAGUGCAGGGUAUGGGAUUCGUGACUGGUAUCUACAGCAACUUGCAACCCAAGAUCCAGAGUGGCGUCUUCUUCAACAGAAUGGUAACUGCUGGAUCCCCACGUGCUGGUAUAUUCAAAUACAGCCUAUCCCUCGAAGAUGGAACAUCAUGGCUUCUCUACGCAACCCCCGACGAUGGGACUGAUCCACAGCUCCAGCUGGUGUCAAACAGCGAGAUUAUUGGGCCCGCCGGCUGGUCGGGCACGAUCCAGGUGGCCAAGAACCCGGCUGGCGCAUCUGGUGAGAAAUUCUACGAUAACUCUUCAGGUGUUUAUGCUGUCGAGGGCGCGGUCAGGGGCUCAGUAUCUGAGAGCACUGGAACGUACAACCUGAUGUGGGCUAAGGCAGGAAAGGAUGCGCAGGACACCCCGUUGCUGAUGUUUGCUCUCCCACAUCACAUGGAGUCGUUUGACGCCAGUACACAAAACCGAGCGACGAAUAUCACGCUUAGAACCACCACCAAAGGCCAGGCGAUCGCGGUCAUUGGGGAAUACUGGACAAUGGUUGAGCCUGAGCUCCCCAUUUCCAUGGGUUUUGCCCCAUGGUCGGUUUCGGGAGGCAGCAUUGACAGCAUAUCGCCCGCUGCCCAGCAGGUCAUCCUGGCCGCAGCUCCCACAGAACUUCAACAAGAUAUGGAUGCUCAGACCAAUCUCAAUAGCAUGUAUUUCAGCGGCAAGGCUCUGAGCAACACUCUUGCGGCCGAGGGCCUUGCGCGGUUGAAGCAGUCCUUUGCCCGUUUCAUUGACAACAGGCAACAGUUUCCUCUUGUCUACGACAAUGUCUGGAAAGGAGUGGUAUCCUCUGCCAGCUAUGGCACUGGUGACCUGGGGGCUGAUUUUGGGAAUACGCUGUACAACGACCAUCAUUUCCAUUACGGGUACUUCAUCCAUGCUGCUGCGAUCAUAGGAUCCAUGGAUCCUCAGUGGCUUCAAACCAGCAAAGACUGGGUCAAUAUGCUUGUCCGGGAUGCUGGAAACUCAGCCGGAAACGAUCCGCUCUUUCCGUUCUCGCGCGGGUUCGACUGGUUCCACGGCCAUUCUUGGGCAAAGGGUCUUUUCGAGUCCUUUGACGGCAAAGACGAGGAGUCGACGUCGGAAGAUGCGAUGUUUGCGUACGCCCUGAAGAUGUGGGGAAAGACUAUUGGGGACGUUAGUAUGGAGGCGCGAGGCAACUUGAUGCUGGGCAUUCUGCGCCGAAGCCUCCGGAAUUACUUUUUGAUGGAAAGCGACAACAAGAACCAGCCGGCGAACUUCAUUGCCAACAAGGUUACGGGCAUAUUGUUCGAGAACAAGGUGGACCAUACUACUUACUUUGGCAACAACCUGGAGUUUAUUCAGGGGAUCCAUAUGCUACCCAUCCUCCCGUGUUCUGCGUUUAUUCGCAGCAAGAAGUUUGUGAAGGAGGAAUGGGAUACCAUGUUUGCAAGCAACGGCCCAGACCCAGCCGAGAACGUGGUAGGCGGGUGGAGGGGCGUACUGUACGCCAAUCUCGCACUGGUGGACCCAGCCGCUUCGUGGAACUUUUUCACACAGCCCAACUUCGACUACAGCUGGAUUGACGGCGGAGCGAGCCGGACGUGGUACCUUGCCUAUGCAGCAGGACUCGGAGCUGUGCCAUCCUAA